UUUAUCCUGGCAAAGAAAUAACAUGCUAGUACAAGAUUCCAAUGCAUAUUCAGGGGAAAAAGUCCGGUCUACUAUGCCUUUAACAAUUCAAAUUCCCUCUGCCCAAGGGUUGCUAAAUAGAAAAUGACUGGAAGAGGGACUUCAUCUUUCUCUAAACAAUUAUUUAAUGGAUGCACAUGUUUACAGCAAAAAGUGUAUCCAUCAAAUUGAAAGUCAUCUACCUUUCUCAAUGCCUUUUCAAGAUGGAACCUCCAAAGUACCGCAACUUAAGUGGAAAGACAGUGAUAAUAAUGUCUUUGGAGGGCAAAGCAUUUCUUCCGAGAACCCAACCAAUGCUCUUUCGGGAAAAGCAGUUCAUUGCGAAGAAAUUAAUGGUUCAAGAAACACACAACAGACUAUCGAAGUUGUGGACCAACUAGGUUUUGUGAAAGGAUACAGUGAACAAACACUGGAGGUGUCCGAGCAGGGAAUGCUAGAUGAUAUACCCAUGGAAAUUGUGGAACUCUUGGCGAAGAAUCAGUAUGAGAGGUGUAUUCCUGAUGUAGAAAAUAGAAGCUCCAUGUUAGAAAAACCCUCUCUUGGAAGGAAAAGACAGAUUGCAGGUGGCUCCACUGUACACAAAAAAGGGGAGAUGAGCUUGUUGAAAUAUGGCAAAAAGGAGAAACCUGAGGGAAAACAUAAGAAAAACAACAUGAUCAUAAGAGGAGAGAAUUUAAAGCCUAGCAAAAGAAAGCCUGUUCAUUACUUUACUCCAUUUGAUGGAAACAAUUUGAGUAUGAAUAAUCUCUGCCCUCCUCAACCCCCUUUGGGUUUGACGUUUCCCAGUCCCAAAAGAAGCCAUCAGGUGGAUUAGAGUUUUCAGCUAUUGGUUCCAAUCAGCUUGGUAGUUCUCAAAAUUGCAGGUUGAAUGGGAGUUUUGAAGAACGUGGAUCCCCUAAUGCGACUUUUCAAGCCCCUGGGGAUGUAGCUUACACAAGAAUAUCUUACAUCAGGAUGAUGAAGCUUCUCGCAUCUAGGCAUCCUUGACUUCAAAUCAUAUUUCCCCAGGAUAUGAUUUACCCAAGAGGGUUAUUUCUUCUCAGCAUCCUAACAGUAACAUGAACAUAACUUCUCUCUAAUCUGGUGCAUUUCACAAGCAAAACACGACGAGGGAUACUGAUCUUAAGUACAUGAAUCUGAAUCCUGUUGGACUAGAAAAGCUUAGUAGGAAUACAGGUUUUGAAACCUUCAGCAGAAUGGAGAAUAUUCAUUUCCUUGCAAACAUAGUGGAAUGGACCCUCAUCAAAAUUUCAGGGGAUCUCUUGAUAUGUAUUAUAAUGAUACAAUACCAGCCAUGCAUUUCCAAUGGUGGCGGAAUGAGGAGAGAGGAGAGAAAAGAGAGAGAAAAGAGAAAAAGUUGGGUGUUAAAGAA